AUGUCCCAAGAUUUAGAGAAAAAAAUCGCUGUACAGCAGCAACAAUUAGACCAACUAGCUGCGAAUCAACAGCAGCUGCAGUAUCAUAUUGCAUAUUUGCAGCAACAGCAGCAGCAGCAGCAACAUCAAAAGGAGUUGCAAGAACAGCAAAAUGAAAAAACGGAGCCGGGACCGCUGUGGGAAAGAUCGCAUCACUGCGGGAGACUAUUGCAGUCUCGGAGACGUGGUUGGCCGGCAACAGUUUUGAGGGGCGUCAACGGUUUCAAGUGGUCAACACAAUGCUUGUCCCGUUUUCCAGGCCGGCUCAGCGACAGUGUACCAGUUUUUAUUCCUGGGCCAAUCAACAUCAACGCCUCGACGAUCGAGGAAUAUUGGGAUUUGCUGAUAAACAAUGAAAUGAUUGAAUUGAUUGUUGAGCAUACAAAUAAAAAAAUUGAAGAUGUCUGUGCUAAGGAUAUGGCUGCUGACAAAGACAUGCAGACUUACCAUCACUUGACUGAUGUUGCGGAAAUGAGAGCAUAUUUGGGAAUGCUCUAUUACAGCGGACUAUGGAAACAGUCGUCACUCAAUUAUGAGCGGCUCUGGGACAGAAGCAACGGUACGACUGUGUACAGAUGCGUUAUGUCUCGAACAAGAUUUAUGUUUCUGUCGACAUGUCUGCGAUUUGACGAAAAAAAUAUUAGAGAUAAUGCAGACAAAUUCGCUCCAAUUUGCAAAUUAUGGAACAGCUUUAUAAACAAUUGCCAGCAGUAUUAUAAACCCCACAAUAACUGCACUGUCGACGAGCAGCUUCUCGGUUUUCGAGGCAGAUGCUCGUUCCGCAUGUACAUCAAGUCGAAGCCCGAUAAAUAUGGCUUGAAAAUAAUCAGCUUGAACGACGCAUCUACAUCUUAUAUGUACAACGCUAUGCCUUAUGUAGGGAAAACGACGACGCCUGUUAAUGAGUUUGUUGUUGAGUAUUUUUUCAGAGAAAUAACACCGAUUCACGGCUCUGGGCGCAACAUUACUUGCGACAAUUGGUUCACCUCUAUUCUACGUAUUCAACGGAUGCUUGAGGCACCUAUAAAUUUACGCAUCACUGGAACGAUACGCAAGAACAAGCGCGAAAUUUCUCAAGAGAUGAAAGUUGCUGAGAAACAAACUCCGGUAGCCAAGUACUGUUUUACAAAAAAUCUCACGCUGCUGUCAUACAGUCCCAAAAAAAAUAAGGUUGUGUUAUUACUAACCUCUUAUAUGCACGGUAGUACCCAGGAAAUUGAUGGAAAAUCCGAAAUUAUUGAUUAUCACUGUUAG